CUUGAAGUCAGUUAAGCCACAUAGGAUGGAUUCAUUGCACGGCUCUGGGACCUACCAGGCAAGGAUGAACAAAGUCGUCUGGUGUUGAGUCUGGUUAUCUUGUGACUUUCACGACCACACUCACCUACUAUCAUGGAUGGGGAAACAGGAAAGUACUCGCAACCAGGAAUCGGCUGCCGAGGAGGCGACUGACAUUUGAGUCGAGAGUCGACGCACGUGCAAUCAGACUGUGAAGGAAAGCAGGAGGGUGGAAGCGGCGGGGUGAGAUGUUUGAGAGUUUGAGGAAAGUGAUGAGAAGAUGAGAAGGUGAAGUGGAAAGCGCGACAGUCACGUGGCGAUCUGCUUCAGGGUCUUCCACUGUCACCAUGAAAAUGAGUCAAAAAGACAGCGCACCGCUACCACCCCCGCCCGACGGGGGCCUCCAGGCAUGGACGCAAGUCCUCUGCAUGCACUUCGUCUUCUUCAACUCCUGGGGCGUAAGCAACAGCUUCUCCGUCUUCGAGCAGCUGUACACCGCAACCCUGCCCCAGUCCGCCUCGACCAUCUCCUGGAUCGGCAGCGUGCAGGUCUCCCUUCUCUUCUUCGCCGGGGCGGUGGUCGGCCGCGCCACCGACGCAGGCUACUUCCGUCUCGUCUUCACGCUGGGGGUCUUCCUCCAGCUGCUCGGCGUCUUCCUGCUCUCCCUCGCCAAGACCUACUGGCAGAUCUUCCUGACGCAGGCCGUCUGCAUGGGUCUGGGCAAUGGCCUGACCUUCAGCCCGGGACUCUCGAUCAUGGCCUCCUACUUUGUCGAAAGACGCGCCUUCGCGGUGGGAGUAGCCGCGGCCGGGGCCGCGACAGGCGGCCUGAUCUACCCCGUGCUGGUGAACCAGCUGCUGUACACGCAGCAGAUCGGGUUCGGGUGGACGAUCCGCGCCGCGGGGCUGCUGAUGCUGGUGACGCAGAUGCCCGGGGUGGUGCUCUUCCAGCCCCGUCUUCCGCCCCGACGAACAGGCCCUCUGAUCGAAUGGGGCGCGUUCACCGAGCGGCCCUUCCUCUUCUUCACAGCCAGCAUGUUCCUCAACUUCUGGGGCCUCUACUUCGCCUUCUUCUACCUCGGGACCUUCGCGCGCGACCGCCUCGGGGUGACGGACACGCAGGAUUUGAUUCUGGUGCUGAACGGCGUGGGCAUUUUCGGACGGGUCGGACCUAGUCUUGUCGGGGACCGGCUUGGGAAACUUAAUGUCUUGGUUCCGCUCAGCUUUGCCUCCGCAAUCGUGAUUCUAUGUUGGAUGGCGGUCGACACCGUUGCCGGGCUGUAUGUGUUUGCGGUUGUCUAUGGGCUGGUGGGCGGCGCAGCGCAGUCGCUCUUCCCCGCGACUGCCACGACGAUGACCCCGGAUAUCAAGCGGACGGGGACCAGGAUUGGGAUGAUCCUGAGUAUUGUGGGCUUUGCGACGUUGACAGGGCCGGUGCUGGAGGGGGCGUUGAUCUCGCGCGUUGGGGGCAGCUAUAUCGGGGCGCAGAUCUUUGCGGGGGUGUGUGUUGUACUCGGUGCGGGGGCUGCGUUGGCUGCGAGAGUGGCCAAGGUUGGUUGGGAGUGGGGGGCGAAAGCUUGA